CACGCAACUACAGGGAGAGGUGCAGCGCUCACAUAGGAGGCAGGAUCCAUGGCAACAAUCAUGGCAGAAGCAGAGACCCGCCAGAAGCUGCUGCGCACCGUCAAAAAGGAGGUGAAGCAGAUUAUGGAGGAAGCCGUCACCAGAAAAUUUGUUCACGAAGACAGCAGCCAUAUUGUGUCCUUUUGUGCUGCGGUGGAGGCAUGUGUACUGCAUGGGCUCAAACGGAGGGCUGCUGGUUUUCUGCGCAGCAACAAGAUUGCAGCGCUCUUCAUGAAGGUGGGCAAAAGCUUUCCCCCAGCUGAGGAACUUUGCAGGAAGGCCCAAGAGCUGGAGCAGCUCAUGGAGACAAAACGAAGUCAAAGCUUGCAAAGUCAAGACAGCCUUCGUAAGAUGCCCCGGCUGCCGAACCUCAACCCUCCUGGGGUCAAGAAUCUGUGGAUCAGGGCAGCUCUGUUUGAGAAAGUGCUGGACAAGAUUGUCCUUUACUUGGUGGAGAACAGCAGUAAAUACUAUGAGAAAGAGGCUAUUCUGAUGGACCCUGUGGAUGGACCAAUUCUGGCAUCACUGUUAGUUGGACCUUGUGCUUUGGAAUACACAAAAAUGAAGACAGCUGAUCACUUCUGGACAGACCCGUCUGCUGACGAGUUGGUUCAGAGGCAUCGCAUCCAUAGUGGCAUCUGCAGGCAGGAUUCUCCUACCAAGAGACCCGCACUGUGUAUCCAGAAGCGACACUCCAGCAGCAGCAUGGAUGAGCGCCCUUCACCUUCCCCGUCAGCUCGAGAAUAUGUGGAGUCACUUCAUCAGAACAGCAGGGCUACGCUGCUUUUUGGCAAGAACAAUGUGCUCGUGCAACCGAGGGAUGACAUGGAGGCUAUCCCAGGUUACCUCUCUCUGCACCAAACUGCUGAAAUCAUGACAUUGAAGUGGACGCCCAAUCAGCUCAUGAAUGGGUCUGUUGCAGACUUGGACUACGAACGCAGUGUAUAUUGGGACUAUGCCAUGACAAUCAAUUUAGAGGAAAUAGUGUAUUUGCACUGCCAUCAACAAGUGGACAGUGGGGGGACGGUGGUGCUAGUCAGUCAGGAUGGGAUCCAAAGACCUCCGCUUCGCUUCCCCAGAGGAGGACAUUUGCUCCAGUUUCUCUCUUGCCUGGAGAACGGGCUUCUCCCUCAUGGACAGCUGGACCCUCCGCUCUGGUCCCAGAGGGGAAAGGGAAAGGUGUUCCCCAAACUGAGGAAGAGGGUACCUCUGGGAUCUGGAUCCACAGAGUCUGUCUCUGACAAGGAGGAGGAGGAGGCCAUGGACUACGUCUUCCGCAUUAUCUUUCCAAACAGCCAGUCUGAUUUUGCAACUCCACCAGAUCUGAUGGAUCAGGGAGCCGCCCUGUGGCAGCCCACUCUCAGGAAGUCGUCGUGUUCCUCCUGCUCUCAGGGGAAGUUCUCCGACGGGCCUACGCACCAGGCGUGCAACUAUGAGAGGACUCCUCUGAAACUGCUUUGUGACAACAUGAAAUAUCAGAUCAUCUCCAGGGCGUUUUAUGGAUGGCUGGCGUACUGCCGCCACCUGUCCACUGUGCGUACGCACCUCUCCGCCCUCGUCAACCACACCAUCGUGGCGCCAGACGUGCCCUGCGACGCCUCCAGGGGGCUCACCACAGACGUUUGGCAGACAUUUCUUAAGGACUGCACUGCCUACAAAGAGCAGGAGCUGCUCCGUUUGGUCUACUUCGGAGGUGUGGAGCCCUCGCUGCGUAAAGAGGUGUGGCCUUUCCUGCUGGGUCAUUACCAGUUUGGGACAUCAGAGGAUGACAGGAGGGAGUUGGAUGAGGAAGUGCGGACUUCCUACGAGCAGACCAUGAGUGAGUGGUUGGCGUGUGAGGAGGUUGUCCGCGAGCGAGAGAAGGAGCAUCAUGCUGCAGCUCUGGCAAAGUGCUCCUCUGGGGCCAGCGUGGACAGUUCCAGUCAGAGGAUGACCCAUCAUGAUUCCACUGUGAGCGAUGAGUCUCAUUCAUCUCACAGCUCCGACAGGGAGAGCCUGGCUCGCCUCCAGAGUGAUUCCAGCAGCAGCACACAGGUGUUUGAGUCUGUAGAGGAGGUGGACCAGCCCGAGUUGGAGUCCAAGACGGAAGAGGCCAAGCAGGUGCCCAAGAUGCCCAACGGAGCUGUGCAAAACGAGUCAAGCUCUCCUGACUCUGGACAUCCUUCUUCACGAAACUUCUCCAUCACCUCCGGCCUGUCAGACGGCUCCUUCAGCACAGAGGACAGUUCCGCACCUGAUGCUUCCCAGAGACCCGCAGCUGCGCUUCAGAUGCUACAGGGCUCCACCAAACCUGCAGGGGGAGAAAAUGAACCGCUGACAAUCGAAAGCCAGGUGGCCAGUGAGGAGAAGAGCAAAGGGUGGGAGGGGAAAGAGGAGGAGAAAACAUUUGACAGCAUAGAUAAGAAAAGUGCUAAGUUGCAUCCUGGAACACAGGAAAAUAUAGAGUCUGAAAAUGUGAAAAAAGAAGAAACAAAGGUUGAUGAUAAAGGCCUGAAAAUGAACAUUAAAGAAAGUCCUCAAGAAGAUGUGGCAGUGAAGAUUGAGGAAACUUCCAAAUGCAAAGAAAAAAAAGUAAAAUACAUUAAAGAAUUUGAAAAAUUAAACACAACUGUCAAGUUUUCACAAGAUAAAGAAAAAUCAAAAACCCUUAAGGAAUGUGAUGAGGAACAGAUUCUGGGCGUCUCAAUAUCAGGAAGAGCUUACAGCUCAUCUCAGAAAGAUGAGACCCAGACCUUGACUGAGUCUGAUGAGUCUCCUUCUGCCAUAGAAAUGGAGGAGAUCCCCAAAGCUAAGGUUUCCAUGGCACCUUGGAGCAGGAGGGGACACUGUGAGGCUUCUUCCUUCUCCGAGGAUUCAGCACCUCAUGUGGAGCUCAGGCAGGAGGUGGAAAAGCUCAGUCCUGAAGGAACAGAGUCCAUUCUGUCAGAGCCAGAGAUGGAGAGCCUUUACCCUCCCUUUGACUCUCUUCCAGCAGAUGAAAACACAAAGAAUGAUGUGACCUCUCAGGAAUCAACUGGGAUCCCUUACUCUCAAGAGCUUUUGGAUUUAUACACACUAAAUCUGCACCGCAUUGAAAAAGACGUCCAGCGAUGUGACAGGAAUUACUGGUAUUUCAGUCCAGCCAACCUGGAGAAGCUGCGAAACGUCAUGUGCAGCUACAUCUGGAGGCACCUUGACAUCGGAUAUGUACAGGGAAUGUGUGACCUGCUGGCUCCUCUUUUAGUCAUUCUGGAUGAUGAGGCCAAGGCUUUCAGCUGUUUUAGUAAACUCAUGAAGAGAAUGAAUCAGAACUUUCCACAUGGAGGAGCUAUGGAUACUCACUUUGCAAACAUGCGCUCUCUAAUCCAGAUCCUGGAUUCUGAGCUUUUUGAGCUAAUGCACCAGAACGGAGACUACACCCACUUCUACUUCUGCUACCGCUGGUUUCUCCUUGACUUCAAACGAGAGCUGGUUUAUGACGACGUGUUUGCAGUCUGGGAAACUAUUUGGGCUGCCAAGUAUGCCUCAUCAAAUCACUUUGUUCUCUUCAUUGCCCUGGCAUUGGUGGAGGUGUACAGGGACAUCAUCCUGGAGAACAACAUGGACUUCACAGACAUCAUUAAGUUCUUUAAUGAGAUGGCUGAGCACCACAACAUCAAGCAGAUUUUGACCUUGGCCAGAGAUCUGGUGUGCAAAGUGCAGAUGCUGAUAGAAAACAAGUGAUUGUUGCUUUUCGCCCUCCUUUCCUUCCAUGUAAAGCAGAAACGGCUGGAGUAGCACAACAGUAUGAUACACAUAAGUUCAAAUACAAUCUACACAAGGCCUUUACAAUCACAGUUUACUGCUAUGAGCCUUACUGACUGUCCUCUGUGAUGUUCGUCCUUUCAGCUUUUUGAGAACUUUGUUGAUCUGAGUGCAUUUAAUAUUUUAGGAUAAAGACGUUCUAGUUGUAUAUUUUAUGCCAAAACACAAAGCUGAAUUCAGAGACUUUAUUUAUGAGGAAAAUAGAUUGUGAUACUGCUGUAUGAAUUAUUUUAAUAGCCAACUAUAAUAAAACUAAAUGUAAGUAAGACAUCUUCCUAUUCCCAUCCCUCAGCAAAGGAAAGAUUAUUGACAUGUUUUUUUUUUUAUGUACAAACAUUAAAAUGUUAAACUCAUCAGUUGAUUGAAGAAUCUAGCUGGUAGCCUAAAAUGUAACCCAACCAUCUUUGCACCCUCCAAAUUCAGAAUCAUCUUGCUUUAAACUUUGUUAAAUUAAGUUGCAGUGCCUUGCUAAAGUAUUCACACCCCUUGACCUUUUUUCCCACCACAUGCUUUAAUAUAUUCUAUUAGAAUUUUAUCUGAUGGACCUAUGCAAAGUAGCACAUAAUUGUGAAUUGUGAACAAAUAAAAAUCUAAAGAUGUGGUGCAUAUUUGUAUUCAAUCCAAUUUACUCUGAUACCUUUAAAUAAAAUCCACUGCAACCAACUGGCUUCAGAUGCCACCCAAUUAGUGAACAGUGUCCAACUGUGUGAAAAUUAAUCUCAAGAUAAAUCCUGCUGUUCUGUGAAGGCCUCAGAAGUUUGUGAGAGAACAUUAGGGAACAAAGAGCAUCAUGAAGAUCAAGGAACACAGCAGACAGGUAAGAGGUAAAGAUCUGGAGACGUUUAACGCAGGGUUAGGUUAUCAAACAAUAUCUCAAGCUUUGAACAUGUGUGUGAUGUCCACUUAAAUUAAUAGGCCAUGCAAGGAGAGAAUUAAUCAGAGACCCAGCCAAGAAGUCCAUGGUCACUUUGGAGGAGCUGCAGAAAACAGCACAAGUGGGAGAGGCUUUGAUGCUUCCUGGUAUGCAUUUCUUCAGGAAAGCUGGUAAGAGUUGAAGUAAAGAUGGUUGAAGCUAAGUACAGGAACACACCACAAAAAACUUGCUGCUGCAAUUCCAGCAAAAGUUGGUUCUACAAAUUCUGCAGGGUUGAAUAUAAAUGCUCACAAUGCACCGUUUCCUUUAGUUUCAGAAUUAUGCACGACUUAGUCUAACACUUAAAAUCUCAAUAAAAUGUAUUGAAUGUGAUUGAAAUUCAAGGGGUAUUAGUACUAUUGCAAGACAGCGUUACAGCAAAUAUAGAAUUUAAAGUGUUCUUAAACUGCCUGUUCUGCCAAACAGUAUGUUUAAUUCUGUGUAAGUUGUUGUGUUGUCAUAGGAAAGUGUGUUCAGAUUAUGUUGUGAACUCAUAACCUGAUAUUUUGAUGACUAAUGAAUCUGUGAACAGAAAUUCACACAUAGAUGUAAAUGAAAACGAGCCUAAUUCCAUAUUCCCUGUGAAUUGUUUUGCAUUAUUCUGUGAACGUCUGCCUAUCUUGCAAAUUGUGUGAUUUGCUUACCUUUAGUUUUGUACUGUCUUGCAUUGUCUGGUGCCUGCUUGUUGACUUUGACUUCCUCUUUAAACAGAAAAGACAGAUGAGGCAGUGGUAACAUUUGUUCAGCCUAACCUAAUAAAAACUGCUGUUCCAUUUUAUUCAGAUUCAUCACUGCAGGAAACUACAAUUGUUUUCUUCAUAUGAGUAGCGAUUUAAUAUUUUGAGUCUAGAUCUUGACCUUUUGAAGCAAGUCAAUGCCUGUCACACACAGCCUAAAGGCUUUGGACACUUGUUGUUGUUGUUGUUAGAUGAAUGUAGUAGGUUUAAUUGCAUUAAUUACCAGUACUUCUUUGUGGAUUCCAAGUGCUGUCAGACAAACUUAUUUUCAUUUAUUGUAACAUUCUUAAGCCAAAGUAUUUAUUUAUUUAGUUUUCUGAAUGCUGCUUUGUUUCUAAAGCUGAUAUUUUUAUUUGUGGCCAAUUUUAAAUGUGCACUGUAAAACAAUCAGAUUCUAUAGUACUUAACAUAUAUACACAUAUAUAUUGAAUGGUAUAUGUCCUUAUAAUAAAAAAAAUAAAAAUGGAAUAAUUAUUUUCCCAAAUCAAA